UCUUUCUAGGCAAGUAGGAAAGCGUUGGAUCCUGUUGCUCCAGUCUAUAAGUACUGCCUCAUAUCGGUAUCAAACAUCCUAACCACAACAUGUCAGUAUGAGGCCCUCAAGUAUGUCAGCUUUCCAGUUCAGACUCUUGCUAAGUGUGCCAAAAUGAUACCUGUUAUGAUUUGGGGCACUUUCAUCAUGCAGAAGACAUAUAAGGGUUUUGACUAUCUGGUGGCUUUUCUGGUGACCCUAGGUUGUUCAAUAUUUAUACUGUUUCCGGCAGGAACUGACAUUAGUCCUUACAGCAAAGGAAGAGAAAAUACUGUUUGGGGCGUUUCCCUGAUGCUUGGUUAUCUUGGGUUUGAUGGCUUCACAAGCACAUUUCAAGAUAAACUAUUCAAAGGCUAUGAUAUGGAAAUACACAAUCAAAUAUUCUACACAACAUUGUGCUCUUGUGUUCUCAGCUUGACAGGUCUUAUAUUACAGGGACAUUUGCUUCCAGCUAUAGAUUUUGUUUAUCGUCACAAUGAUUGUUUCUUUGAUAUUGCAUUACUUUCCACUGUAAGUGAUAUUUUGCUGUCCUGUUGUAAGUUUAAUAGCCUCAAACAG